AUGGCUACGCCAGUGAUGGAGAAAACGGAAAUGGUUUUCAUAGACAAGGCCUUCGUACUCGAAAACCUGCCUUGGGAUCCUUUGAUCCUCGCCUUGGAAAAUGCUUUGCGCAUAUUCUCCGACACGAAGAGCAACACUGAUACUGAAGAGCAAGUUUUGCAGCCCAGCAUUUUCUGUUCCAGAUGGCUCGGCGUCAUGCCAGCUGCGAUAACAACUCCAGACAAGGACAUCCUGGCUACGAAGCUGGUGACAGUGUAUCCAGAAAAUGGUGCAAAAUCCUUGCCAAGCCAUCAUGCCAUCAUUGUCCUUUUCGACUGCACUUCGGGCUCCAUCAAGGCGGUAUUGGACGGGGAAGUCAUCACUGAAAAGAGAACUGCAGCAGUUUCCGCAAUGGCUGCCAAGUACCUGGCGAGUACCAGCAGAACAGUUCUCGCCGUUCUUGGAUCCGGCGUUCAGGGAAAGGCACACAUUGAAGCAUUUUUGCAUCUUUUCAAGGACAUCAAGCAGGUGAGGAUUUGGAAUCACAGGGCAGAAGGAGCCGAGAACCUGGCAGGAAAAAUGCGAGUGUUGUAUCCAGACGUGGAAAUUGUUGCGUGCGAAUCCGUCGAAUUGGCAGUGUCAUCGGCGAACAUGAUUGUCACUGCAACCUCGUCCAAGACCCCGAUUUUGCACCACAGCCACGUUCAACCAGGCACUUUCAUCGCAGCCGUCGGGGCUCCGAGGAAAGAUUGGCGGGAAAUGAGCCCGGAACUGGUGGCCAAGAGUGUGCUGAUUGUGGACAGCGUCGACGCAGCGACUGUCGAGGCCGGGGACAUCGUGUGCACC